AUGUUGCAGCUAGAUUCCAAAUCGAAGUACAAACCUGAAUUUAAUGACCAGUCACAGUCGUCCAUCCCAAAGCUCCCUGAGUUGAGUUUUCAAGAUGUUGAGAAAUAUUUUUCCGAUUUGUGGUUUGAGCAAAUAUCUAUCAGUGAAGCGGUUAACAGAAGUGAGUAUCAUACGUCAAAUACAGCUGAGAGAAAUUGUCGAACGACCUCAUCAUCUGACGAACAGUUGUAUAACACUGAAAAUCAUUUGUUAACAAACCAAUUAUCCAUGUUUCCUAAAAAUACCAACAGCCAUAAAAUGAGCACGGUUGAAAAUAGACGUAAAAGACGCUGGAAAACUAUGGCACGUGCUAUGAUUCCUAAAACACAAUAUUUUUAA